UUGAGCAUCUCACUGCUUCUGUUAUAUUUGUAGCCGUUAACUCUUUUCUCCCAUUCAAUUUUUAUUUUUUUUUUAAUUUACCUCUCACAUUAUAAAUUUUGAGAACACACACACACACACACACACACACACAAAUGAAAAAAAUAACCAAAACUUUUCUCCGCCCCAUUCGUUACUCCCUCGGCCCUCUCCCGCCAAAUUCAAAUCCAAAAUCCCCGCGCCUCCUCAACGGUCACCUAGACUCGGCCCUGCUCCACAUGGCUCUCCGAGGGGCGGAGGCGAAAUUCCACGACUACGACGCCGCAAUCACGGCGUGCGUCGAGCGCCGAUCGCUCCGGUACGGCCAGCGGGCCCAUGCGCACAUGAUCAAGGCGCGGUACCGCCCUUCGGCGUACCUCGCGACGCGGCUCGCGAUCUUGUACGCAAAGUGCAGGGACAUGGGCGGCGCCCGCAACGUGUUCGACGAAAUGCCCGAGAGGAGCAUCGUGGCGUGGACGGCCGUGAUCUCGGGGUAUGCACAGAUGGGUUCGCACGGUGAGGCUCUGGAGCUGUUUGUUCGGAUGCUGGCCACCGGUAUUCUGCCCAAUGAAUUUACUUUGGCCACCAUUCUCACAUCCUGUUCUGGGGCAUGCAAGCUCGACCUCGGCAGGCAAGUCCACUCUAUCGCCAUCAAAACUAAUUUCGAAUCCCACAUAUUCGUUGGGAGCUCUCUCCUUGACAUGUACGCCAAAUCCAACAAUAUCCUUGAGGCUAGAAAAGUCUUCGACUUUUUGCCAGAAAGGGAUGUUGUUUCUUGUACCGCUAUUUUAUCCGGAUAUGCCCAAUUGGGCCUUGAUGAAGAAGCCUUACAGUUAUUUAUUGAGUUAUAUAAAGAGGGGAUGCACUGUAACUAUGUUACUUUCACCAGUCUUCUGACUGCACUUUCUGGGCUUUCUGCUUUGGACUACGGGAAGCAAGUCCACAGCUUUACAUACCGACACGAAUUGCCAUUUUACGUUGUUCUAGAGAAUUCUUUGAUUGAUAUGUACUCCAAAUGCGGGAGCCUCACUUACGCGAGGAGAGUAUUCAAUAAGAUGCCGGAGAGAUCUUCGGUUAGUUGGAAUACCAUGAUUGUAGGAUAUGGUAAGCAUGGUUUAGGUGACGAGGUUAUUCAACUUUUCAAUUUGAUGCUUAGGGAAGUGAAGCCUGAUAGGGUUACAUUUAUGGCUGUUUUGUCAGGAUGCAGUCACGGUGGAUUAGUCGAUGAGGGUUUGAGCAUAUUUGAUUAUAUGAUUAAAGAAAAAGGAUUGAAACCGGAAAUUGGGCAUUAUGGGUGUGUUGUUGAUCUUCUUGGGCGGGCUGGAAGAAUAGAAAAAGCCUUAGAUUUUAUCAAAAGUAUGCCGUUUGAACCGACCGCAGCUAUGUGGGGCUCGUUACUGGGCGCAUGUAGAGUUCACAUAAACAUUCCUGCAGGAGAGUUUGUCGCUAAAAGGCUUCUGGACAUCGAGCCAGAAAAUGCCGGCAAUUAUGUGAUCCUUUCUAAUAUCUAUGCUUCUGCUUCAAGGUGGCAAGAUGUAGUAGAUGUCCGGAAGCUUAUGAUGGAGAAGGCAGUAAUAAAAGAACCAGGAAGAAGCUGGAUAAACCUAGAUAAAGUUAUUCACACCUUUUAUUCCAGCGAUCGAUUCCAUCCCAAGAAGGGAGAAAUUGAAGCUAAGAUUAAGGAAAUAUAUGCGAAGAUCAAAGAAGCAGGUUUUGUUCCUGACCUGAGCUGUGUAUUGCAUGAUGUGGAUGACGAGCAGAAAGAGAGAAUGCUUCUCGGUCAUAGUGAGAAGUUGGCGAUAACAUUCGGGUUAAUGGGUACUCCUCGAAGUUUUAUGCUUCGGAUCACAAAGAACCUUCGUGUUUGUGUCGAUUGCCAUAACUUUGCAAAAUUUGUCUCCAUGGUGUACGAAAGGGAAAUUUCUUUAAGGGAUAGCAACCGCUUCCAUCUUUUCGUAAAAGGGGCUUGUUCUUGUGGAGAUUACUGGUGAAUGAGCUAAGGGCCUGCUUUCUCCAGCUGGAGCUUCUACAAAGUACUGUCAUUCAAAGUUGCCCCAACAGCUUCCUGCAAAAGCCUUUCACAUCAGAGCUGCUGGUUUCGGAGCCAAGAGGUUUAUUCAGCAUCCUAUCAUGUCAAAAUCUUUCAUAUUUUUUGUAGUUGAGAAGUUGCUUUGCAUAUCAUCAGGUGGAAUCAGUAGCAAGUCUCCUAGAUGCAACGUUGAAAUGAAGAGCAUCAUAAUGAGUUGCGAGAGUUUGCAUUUCUUGGCGUAAAGGCUAAUGAAAAGGAUGAAAACCAAGUGAUCAUAAAGCAAGCGGUCUCCACAAUUUUUGCUGGAACUAAUCGGACAAAGAAGACUGCGAAAGCUGCAUCCAUAUCGAUAGAUUUGAGCUAUCAGUGGCCAUCAUUAUUUCGUUCACACUGUUACUGAAAAUGGUACAAUUUCAUCCAUGAAGCAAGUUGUGGGCAUUUCAGAAUCGUUUGCGGCCAAUUUUACAUGGAAAGAGAUUUCACAAUCCAGCCAUUUCAUUUUCUUCAGGAGUUAAUGAUCCCGAAAAUAUACUUCUUGGCAAGUUCUGCAGAGUGCAGGUUAGGAUCCAUUUUCAGAAAUCUGCGGAGUACACUGAUUCAAGAAAUGUUUUCAGAGGUAAAGAAUGUUCCAAGAAGAAAUACUUAGUACCCCCUUAGUCUGGCUUCUGAAACAGCUUCUCUACUCAAUAAAGCAGAAGAAUCCGGAUGUUUUGACACAAAGAAGGCCGAGAGCUUCUUGCUAUUGGCCUGCGGCAGCAAAACAAGAUGACUUUUGGGUGACAAAAGCAGAAGUUCCACUUCCAACUUCUUUUUCUUGCUGGAAUAAGAAACUUGAAGACAUUUUACUCAAGAAAAGCUUCUCAUAUUUCUUUGAACAUCUCUAUUCUGCCUCGUUCUUACUUAUACCUGAACUUAUACCUAUCACUGGAAUAGAGAGUUUUUACUUAUAUUCGAACAAAA